GUGAUUUUCUAUUCACGUUCUCACACUCCCUCAUCUUAGUUUCUUCAGCUCUUCUUCUCUGGACUUAUUCAUUGAAUUCUCCGGUUUUUGGUCUCAGAGUCUGAUUCCUUGCUCAUCUAGUUUGGAACUUGCCUCUAUUUUCCGUCUCAAUUUCCAUCAACAAUAGACUCCGAUGACGUCUUCGCUGUCAAAUCCGCGAAAACAGCUUUAUGACAAAAUCUACUCCCUGCUCUCUGAUCCCUCCCUCCCUUACAACGACUAUACCAAGGGGUUUAUCCUGCACCAUCUCUCUGAUCUGAUCAAUGGUUCCCCCAAGAUAGAUCCCAGAAUAGCCCAGGAUGAGAGCGGCAACAGCCCCGUCAAUCUGCUCCACGCAGAUGUAGUGAUCCAGUAUAGUCCCAGAUACAGCGUCACUGUCGUCAUCUGUUUCGUGGAUUCUUAUCCAAUUUCUUGUCCUGUUGUCCGAGUGACUUGCCCAGGCGAUGACGUCAUUACCCAAAAUCAAAUAGCUGUCGCUCCUUGUGGUGCAGUCUUUCAUCCUUAUCUCUUGAAUUGGAAUCACAAAAGUUCCAAUGUCCGGCAACUCGUCGGGAAACUCGUGGACGAGUUCAGAAGUAUUGCUCCUCUUGGCUCUCCUAAUUUAGAUGGAGCUUUGACUCUUCCUCAGAUCAAGUUGGCAAAGAUCUUGAUUGAAAAUGGUCUGAAUGAUCUUUACACCCUCGUAUACUACCAAGACGACCAAACAAAAAAGGCUUUUUUCGAGAAGAUUACUUCGCGAUAUCGAAAACAUCCUCAUUUAGAAGAAUUCAUCAACAGUACGCAAGAGCGAUUAGCAAAAUUCAUUGGGAUUGCGAAAGACGUUGCAAAAGAGUUAUUACCUGAUGCUUCAAAGAGUGUUGGUGGGGCGUCAUCUUCUGGGACUCGUGGGUAUUCUAAUGCCCUUGGUCAACAAGGAAUUCCGUCAGAUCCGCGUGCAAAUUAUCAGCUCUACGGUGUGGUCUAUCAUCCAAACCUCCGUUACGAGUCAGCCGACAGGAACUAUAUCUUGCAACAUCUCCGUGACCUAGUACCUCGUUACCGUUCACUAGGGGUCCGAGAGGAGGAUCGUCUCUUGCAGGUACAUGGAGUGAUCCCUUAUAGCUACGAAGGAGUAUACUACUUCGACGUCGAAGUCAUCAUCUGGCUACUCAAGUCUUAUCCUGGUACCCGUCCUCGCGUCUUCGUGUCUAGCUCUAGUGGAAGCUGCAUCAGGGAUGAUCUACUAAAUGUCACUCCAAAUGGUUCUGUCUAUUGUUCUUAUCUCCGGAAUUGGAAUGCAUCCAAAUCCAAUCUAGCAGGACUUGUGUCCCAUCUCAGCGCCAUAUUCUCUUGUCAACCGCCUCGGGCCACCGACAGAACUUCGCCUCUUGAACAGGCUCCACAAGAUAGUUCACGGAAUAUCAGGCAGUCUAGGGCUCCACCAUAACAUGGGUCUUCUACUCCAGCAUCGUUCUCUCUGUGACAGGCAAUGGAUUCUAAGAGGUAGGAAGUAGAGUUUGAAGGUCGGACUGGGACUUUAAUGGAAUUGAUAAGGUGUGCUCUGCAGGAAGUAGAGUUUUAACUUUUAAAUAACCUAAAACUUAUUUUUUGGUUUCUCGGAUUAUGUGUGAAGCUAAUAUUUUGGUAACUACGGUUGAAUUUAUAUGGAAAUUUCGA